AUGUCCAACCGAAUGAAUGUCCUUGUUUACUCUGGUGCGCUCACUCAAGAUGCGUGGCGGAGUAAUAAGAAUCUAAUGCUAUCUUCAGGAAAUGGCAGCACUGUCGAGUCGGUUCGUCAUUGUCUCUAUACACUUCGGAGACUCCUGGCACCUCAUUAUGCCGUCAUUCCGGUGACUGGCGACAUGCUCAUCAAAGAACCCUGGACCGCGAGCUGUGCCGCUGUAGUAUUCCCAGGCGGUGCUGACCAGGGCUACUGCAAGACACUCAAUGGUGAGGGCAACAGACGCAUUCGACAGUUCGUCGAGCGCGGUGGUCUGUAUAUCGGGUUUUGCGCCGGAGGUUAUUACGGUAGCAAGAGAUGUGAGUUCGAGGUAGGGAACAAGCUCUUGGAGGUUGUCGGAGACAGAGAGCUUGCUUUCUACCCUGGCACAGCUCGAGGAUGCGCAUUCUCCGGUUUUGUUUACCACAGUGAAAAGGGGGCGCGGGCCGCCGAAUUGAAAGUGGACAAGACUUGCUUGUUUACAGGGGCCGUUCCGGAUGUCUUCAAGACCUACUACAAUGGCGGUGGCGUCUUCGUCGAUGCAUCCAAAUAUAAAGACCAGGGGGUCGAAGUCCUCGCAAGCUAUACGGAGCCUCUCGCUGUCGACUCUGGAGAAGGUGCAGCUGCCAUUGUCUACUGCAAAGUCGGCCAAGGUGCGGCGUUAUUGACGGGACCACAUCCAGAGUUUGUCUUCCUAGGAAAGCCAGCAGACGACUGGUCACUGACGAAGCCUAGGUUUGCUGCAGCCAACCUUGAGACCAAACCAGAUGCUCCCGGCUUCGCCGAUGUCAUCAAAACUCUGGCCGAGGACGAGAAGCAUAGGAUGGACUUUAUCAAAGCGUGUCUGACAAAACUUGGCCUCACAGUGAGCGGGGAGCAAAAUGUACCCUCCCUCUCCUAUAUGCAUCUUUCUUCAUCCGACCCCACAGACACCGCUGGUAUCAUAUCGUCCUUGAGCCAUCUCAUCGACGUGGAUGAACAUGGGAGCGAAUUCCUCAAGGAUGAAAAUGAUACCUUCCAGAUAUUGAAACCAUCCGUCUGGAAGAUGGUGGAUUUGACCAAAGCACUAUCCUCGGAACCAGAGUCAAAGGAACCUGCUGACCAAACCGAUGCCAGCUCCGACCGCAUAGUCGACUAUAAUACGGUGGUUAAGAAGAUUAUAGUGCAUGAAGAUGAUCAUCCUCAACCAAGGGCAACUCCGUAUUUCAAUCACUCCGCCUUCUACUCGAACCUGCACAAAUACCAAUCACAAACCCAUGGUGCCGUGAAUUUUGGUGCCCAUCUGUUAUACGGCGAAGUGGUCACGUCGACCAAUACAUUGCUCGAGAAAAACACCAGGCUACUUCGAGUUCUGCCCCAAGGGUUUACCGCAACAGCGACGGUUCAGGUUGCAGGUCGGGGCAGAGGCUCUAACGUCUGGGUAUCCCCAGCAGGAAGCUUGAUGUUCAGCACCGUGAUUCGCCAUCCCAUGGCGCAGAUGCAAUCUGCUCCGGUCGUCUUUGUUCAGUAUCUGGCAGCGAUGGCGAUUGUUAACGGCAUUAAAUCUUACGACGGCUCUCUUUAUAAGGACAUGCCAGUCAAGCUCAAGUGGCCAAAUGACAUCUUCGCCCUCGACCCUGCAAAGGCAAAAGAGAAUGGCGGUGACAGAAACGACAAUUAUACUAAAAUUGGCGGUAUCCUGGUCAACAGCCACUACAACACCAAAGAAUAUAUCGCCGUGUGUGGGAUUGGGUUGAAUACCACAAAUGUCGCGCCGACCACAUCGCUGAAUCAGCUCAUUCAAUUCCUGCCGCACAAGGUGGCCCCCUUCACGCUGGAAAGAUUGCUGGCCAGGAUCUUGACCGUAUUUGAUGACCUAUAUGCUCGAUUUCUAGUCACGGGCUUCGACGAGGUCAUGGAGCAAAUGUACUACCGAUACUGGCUUCACAUGGACCAAAUCGUGACCCUCGAAGCCGAAGGUGGACAACGUGCGAGGAUAAAGGGCAUCACCAGAGAUUACGGGCUAUUGAUUGCAGAAGAACUCGGCUGGGAAGACCGCGAGACUGGGAGGAGGUGGACGCUGCAGAGCGAUGCCAACAGCUUUGACUUUUUCAAGGGUCUGGUAAAGGUGAGUCAAAAAUCCCCCAAUUCGCACUUCUUUUGA